GGCCCGGGCGGGGCAGGAGCGUGGGGCGCAGGGGCAGGCGGGGUCGGAGGUUUUGGUGCAGGAGGAAGUCCAGAUAGCUUAGAAGCGCGCAAACGCAGGGAGGAAGAGGAAAGGAAAAGACGUGAAGCCCUGGCGCGAUCCGGUCGAGGCAGUGGUAGCGGAAGUGGCAGCGAAAUAGAUCCGGAGCGACGUAUGGCGCAGGAGAUCCUUCACAAACAACUUAAGGCCAAAGGAGGGGAGACGCUAUACAAACAACCACCUACUGAGCUUUCUCAUUCACAGGCCUCUGAUUGGUUAAAAGACCCACCGAUGAAGGUAGACAAAUCAGUGAAGGAGUCUGGGGAUACGGACCGACUGCAUAAGAAGUUUGAGAGGAAACUCAGCAACUUGGUCAGCAAAAUUACUCCUCCCAAUAUGGCUGACACGAUGCAAGAUGUCGUCAUCGAAUCAUCAAGGCAGCUCUCUGAAUACUUCGUGUCCAGCAAUUACAAGGCGCUGGCGCGCGACGGUCUCAUAUCCGAGAUGCAGAGAAAAGGCAACGAAAUACUAAUAGACUUGGACGGCAACGCUGAAACAUUCUUCUUUGCUGCUCAAAGAUUGAAGAAGGCUAAAGAUCCCUUACAAGCGAAAGAGCCAUGCAACCAAGUGGCUUACCAACUGGGCAAGAAACUGGAUGACAUGAUACGGUGUCGGUCCAUGGCGAGAAAACUAACUGCCACCAUGAAAGAUCACAUAAAGGAUGCCGCUGAAUAUUUAUCAGGACUUGUAACCAAACCAGAUGAAGAGAUCGAGGCGUACGUGGCUCUGCUGGGCGAAAUGGAGUCCAGAGGGGACUCACUACUUAUUGAAGGAGAUAUUCCGAAGUCAUACUCCGACGCUGCUAAAUAUCUCCGCCAAUUGACUACUUGGGAAGAUCAAAUAAGAAGGCCGAACAGUUCUCUACAAAGUUCCACGGAGUCAAAACUGAAGACUAUGAUGGCGAACGUGGAGCCCAGGGGUUACAGCAAGGGAGUGUUGGAUGGUGUCAUCCAAAAGUGCACAAAACUGCUCGUUUCCUACAUCAUGCUUCAAGGUGAAAAGACGGAAGCCCUGAAGGUUCUGAUAGAACAAAUGGAGAAAGCUGGCGAAGGAGUUUUGUUACGACAUGGAGCUAUCCAAAAGUCCUACAACCAGGGUGCAGCUAUUCUACGAGGGAAGAAUUCAGAUCAGCUUAGUGUGCCUAAUGCAGAUCCGGUUGUGGCGAGGAAAAUACAAAUCAAGUUCAAAAACCUCAUGAGUAAUGCUACUCCCGACAAAUAUAAGUCCCUUAUGGAUGAUGUAAUUGAGGAUGCUACAAUGUAUCUUGCUGUCCAUUUCCUGCAACCACAGGUGAUACAAGUGUGCAAGUGCAUGAAGAACGUGUUCGUGCAGUGCGAGCUGUGGUGCGACGAGAUCCUGCGGCGCGUGGCGCGGCCGUGCUGCACGUGCUCGCGGCACGUGUCGGUGCAGGCGCUGGCCGACCUCGCGCCCGCGCAGCGCCUGCGCGUCAGCCCCGGCGGCUCGCAGGCCUUCGCGCCCGGCCUCGAGAUCUCCCUCACGCAGUGCCCCAAGCUCAGGGCCCGCGGCAACAAGUCCAGCCAGGACGUCUGCCCCGCGAAAAACCCGAGCAGCGGCUGCAACCAAGUGUCUGCCUCCUAUCUCCUCUACUCCACGUCGUACGACCGCUCCCCCAGCCCCACCAAGCUGCCGCGCGAAGUCGCCGACACGAGCUCCUUCGAAACUACCACGUCCUCCACCAGCCUUCACGACAAACCGCCGGUGAUGAUGACCCGGUCGCAACCUACUAAACUUACGCAACCUCCCGCUACGUCCACCUCUCAAAUGGAGCCGGAACAGGAAACAUCGGAACACUCGACCGGUGCGUCGUUUUACACGCCGCCGUCUGGUCAGGGAUCGAGUAGUUCUCCGAAGUCGAAGAAGACUGGCGGCCCGUACUUCCAAGCGCCGACGACGAUGUUUGCGAAGAUAAAGCAACACGACAUAAAUGUACAAGCUCCAGCUCCGGAGCGGUCGGGGUCGCCUUAUCUACAGAGUCAGACUUACAGCUCGCGAACACCAAUUGUGUCGACGGACCAGAUGGGCGACUGGCACGCCAUGAUGGUCAGCCUGAUGUGGAACGUACAGGCCUGGCGCGACUGGAUCCAAGAGAACAUCGACAGAGCCCUGUCUUGGAGCCAAACCGAUGAAUCAUUAGACAACUGGACAACAUUCCAACGAAGAGUUUCUCAAGAGGCCUUGCAAUGGCGACAAUACAACACCUUCAGUCGGCAGCUCACACUGCGGCUUGCUCUGCGGUAUCGAGACAAACAGAUAGUAUCACCAACAAGGGCUACAGUGAAGACGGAAAUUUACAUGGAGUGUCAGAGAGAAAUGCUGGACAUUAUUGACAUGUUCAACAGGUGGACUCAUUGGCUGAACGUUGUUGUGAAAGAAACUGACACAUUGCAACAAAUUCCUGAGUCCGAAGUGUCACUUCAAGUAAUGCGAUGGAAUCACUUUAAGGAAAAAGUGGAGGAAUAUGCUGAUGAUUGGUCAAAAUACAAUACGCAUUUGAAACUUUGCUGGGAACAUAAAUACAAAACAAUUAUAUCAGAUUGGUUGCCGUCGUGGCUGCAGCACGGGCCCGUGUGGGUGGUGAGCGCGUGCGGGGCCGUGCCCAGCGGCGCGGUGGCCGCCGGCGUGUUCGACGGGGAGGUCACGUGGGUCGCGCGGACUACGCACAAGUGCAACGUCCUCCCAGCAGCAUUGCAUCCUUCAAAACACUAUUGUUUAGUGUACGCUGAUGGGACCGUACACCAUUACACCAAGUAUCAAGUAAUGUGCAACGCGGAGGUGAAAUGGCUAGCGUGGCGGGCGGGCGAGGUAGGCGCUCGCGCCGUCAAAGUGGCGCCCGGCAUCUACGUGGGCAGAGUCCACUACCGCGGUUCCCACCUCCUCGGCGCCGUACACGCACCCUCCUAUAGAUGCCACGUGGUCAUCUUCGGGAGACCCUUCGCAUUCAACUGCUAUGAACUCCUAGUACUUGCGUCCAAUACAAACUAGUUUUACGAACAUUUUUCGGAGGGUAUGGUGACAAAUUAAGCCUUUUGGGCUGAUGUGGAGCAAACAAUUGGGAAUCCGUUUAGGGUGGUGCAAUUGGAAAUCCUUUGGGAGUUGAUUGUUUGAAUUGACUACGCUGGUAAAGUGGCAAUGAGUUUAAAGCUAGAAUAAAUAAAUCGCUUCCGAAAUCGA